AUGAAGUCCAUCAUCGCCGCCACCUUGAUCGCCAGCGCCGCUGCUUUCGCCCCUGUUUCUGGCCCUGCUGCCACCACCCAAACUUCGUUGGCUGCCUCUCCUUUUGCCAACGAGAUUGGCGCCCAAAUGCCUUUGGGAUACUGGGAUCCUCUUGGCAUCUGCAAGGAUGGUGACAAGGAAAACUUUGACCGUCUUCGUUAUGUCGAGCUGAAGCACGGACGUGUUGCCAUGUUGGCCGUUGUUGGAUACCUCACCACUUACGCCGGAGUUCGUUUCCCCGGUGCUGAGGACAUUCCUGCUGGAUGGGCUGCCUUGUCUGCCGUCCCUGCCGCUGUCUGGGUCCAAAUGGUCUUCACCUUUGGUGUCAUGGAAGCCUUCAACCGUGAUGCUUCCGAUGUCCAUGAUAUCCCAGAGUCUGAGUUCGUCGGAGACUUCCGAAACGGAUUCCUUGACUUUGGCUGGGACAGUCAAUCUGACGCAUGGAAGCAAAGAAAGCGUACCAUUGAAUUGAACCAAGGACGUGCCGCACAAAUGGGUAUCUUUGCUCUCAUGGUUCACGACAAGUUGGGAAAUGUCGGAGACAUCCUUCCUCUUGCAGCCAAGUAA